GUUUCAAUUUCCCCAACCCGCGAUCCAAAGCUUUGCCUUUUUCUGCACCGUUUCUAGACUUCACUUCGGCCUUUGCCAGCUUCCGUCCCUCCGAUUUGGUUUGCCCUCUCGACGGGAAGUUUUCCGGUGACAAGAUCGCAUAUUUUAUAGAGUUUCGUUCCAGUCCUAGUUCAUUGCUUGCAGAUCGCGACUCCCCUCUUAAUCGAUUUUGGAGAGAGAUUCCCGGUUCUUUCCCCCGGGUUUGAAGAUUGCCCUAGAAGGAAAAUUGAGUCGCCCCGAUCUGUUUACCGUUUCGUACUUCAGCUGUUUUCUUUUGGGGCCAUACCUAUUUGGAGAAUCUUCAUUUUCUCGUCAGGAUUGAGUGUGUUCGAUGGGACUUGAUUGGCUUAGAAGUGAAGGACUGAGUCGAAUUUCGAGUUUUGUUGGUUGAGAUUCGAGGUGAAUUUUUGCUUCCCAUUUUUUUGGUGUUUCGGCGAAGAGGGAACAAUGUUUUGGAGGGAUCGUGAAAGAGAGAGCAAGGAGCUUAAUGGUGGUCCACCGUGUGGUCUGGUUCGUGUUCUUGUUGUUGGUGAUUCAGGUGUGGGGAAAACUUCUCUUGUGAAUCUGAUAGUCAAAGGCUCUUCCUCUGGACGCCCUCCUCAAACUGUUGGAUGCAAUGUUGAUGUCAAGCACAUUACUUAUGGAAGUAGUGGCAGCUCUUCCAGCAGCAUGAAAGGUGAUGGUGAGAGAGAUUUCUUCGUGGAGCUUUGGGAUGUGUCAGGUCACGAGCGCUACAAAGAUUGUAGGUCUCUUUUCUAUUCCCAAAUUAAUGGAGUUAUAUUUGUUCAUGAUCUCUCACAGAGAAGGACGAAAACAAGCUUGCUACAAUGGGCUUCAGAAAUUGCAGCAACUGGAACCUUCUCUGCCCCUUUGGGUUCUGGGGGUCCUGGCGGUCUCCCUGUACCCUACAUUGCUAUUGGCAAUAAAGCUGAUGUGGCAGCAAAGGAAGGCACAAGAGGAAGCAGCAGCAACCUGGUUGAUGCUGCUCGCCAGUGGGUUGAGAAGCAAGGACUGCUCCCAACCAGCGAGGAACUUCCAUUAACUGACAGCUUCCCGGGCAGCGCAGGACUGCUUGCUGCUGCAAAAGAAGCAAGAUAUGACAAGGAAGCUGUGAUAAAGUUUUUCCGUCUGUUAAUCCGGAGAAGAUAUUUCUCAGAUGAAUUAGUCAGCACUCCUAGUCCAUGGUCAGCUUCUCCAGCUCAGAGGUCACAGCAACGUCUUGAUGAAGAUAUAACCGAGGAGAACCAGUUUUACAGGGGCACGAGUGUGGGUGGUGAUCCAUACAAAUACAACAGUAUACCUCCCUUGCCUGCACAGCGAAAUCUGACGCCACCUCCCACGCUCUAUCCUCAGCAACCAGUCUCCGUGAUGGAGAACUACAACUUCCCGAGGUUCCCCUCAUUGGGUUCUCAAGAAAUCAGCAGCAGCAGUACGAGGUCGAAACGGUUGGACAUUAACGUAUGAACUUUGGUUUGGUGAAAUUUUUUUUGGCCUGUUAACCAUCCAAUUCAUUCUUUUUUCAUUUGUUCCCCUUUCAAUUGUCUGUAUGAAAGAGCGUGGAACACAUGUAUUACAUAAACUUCUGUAUAUACAUUCAUUGUCACAACCUCAAUUACUUGUUACACAAAUGUAUGGCUAAAUUGCAAGUUUGGUCACUGAGAUUACUAAAAAAAUUCACGUUUGCCACUC